AUGAUUAAUACAAAAAAAGAAGAAGGAGAAGAAGAAAAAACAAUGAUUAAAAGAGGAUUAUUUAUAUUAUUUGAAGGUGUUGAUAGAGUUGGAAAAUCAACUCAAGUUCAAUCAUUAACCAAUCAUAUUUCAAAUGUACAAAAAUUACCAACAAAAUCAUUAAGAUUUCCAGACCGUACAACACCAAUUGGUCAAAUUAUAAAUCAAUAUCUUCAAAAUGCAACAAAUAUGGAUGAUAGAGCAUUACAUUUAUUAUUUUCUUCAAAUCGUUGGGAAGCAAGAGAUUCAAUUUUAGAAUUAUUAAAUAAUGGUACAAAUAUAGUUGUUGAUAGAUAUUCAUAUAGUGGUGUUGCAUAUAGUGCAGCAAAAGGAAUUGAUUUCGAUUGGUGUUAUGCAUGUGAAAAAGGAUUACCAAAACCAGAUUUAAUAUUUUAUUUAUCAAUGAGUUCAGAAGAUGCAACUAAACGUGGUGAAUAUGGUGGUGAAAGAUAUGAAAAAUUAGAAUUUCAAAAAAAGAUUAAACAAAUCUAUGAAGAGAAAUUAGUUGAUGAUCAAUGGAAAAUUAUAAAUGCAAAUAGAUCAAUAGAUGAAAUUUCAAAUGAAAUCUCUUCAAUCUUUGAUUCUGAAUUUAAAAAAAUUCAAUUAACUUCAAUUGCUAAAUUAGAAUAA